AUGCCUGUUGAAACAGAUCUAAAAACAGCAUAUCGUCUUUUAUAUGACGAUAAAGAACCCGAAAAAGCCUUAGAACUAUAUGAUUCAGUUUUGAAGCAAUCUCCUUCAAACCUUGUUGCCCAUGUUUAUAAAGCAGCUUGUCUGGAAAAACUGUAUUACGGAUUCAAGGAUUGGCACAGCCAAGAGACACUAACUAAUGCAUCUGAUCUACUUCACAAAGCCUUGAGGAUUGCUGAAGGAAGAGGAGAUCGGUCUAAACAAGGUCUAGUUAAUUUCCGUCUUUUCGUGCACCAUUUCAACCGCAAAGAGUAUUUGAAGGCGAAGGAGUACCUGGAUCAUGCCAAAGUACUCGGGUAUCAGGACAAUACUUUACCUAUGUGGGAGUUCAACCUAUCCAGAAAACUGAAGAAGCUAAAGAAUACUAAUGAAGAAAGUGAGAGCAAUAAGAAAACCACAACCAGGGCAAAACCAACUGCAGCAGCAUCAGCUACGGAAGCUACGGAAGCAACGUGUGCAAACGCCCCAACUACGGCAGAAUCUACGGCGCCCGCUUCCAUUGUAACCAAUGUGACUGAAGGCAAACCCAAAUUUAGGGUGGAUUGGUAUCAAUCAUCAAAGAGUGUCACGAUUUCCUUAUUCACGUCGACAUUGCCGGUUUCAAAGGAAUCUGUGAGUGUGAAUUUUGCGCUGGGGAACCAAGAAAUGACGCUCACAUAUCCCAUACCUAACUCAGGAUCCGAAUUCCAAUAUAAUGUCAAACUCGCUUACGAAAUUGACCCCUCAGACAUAUUCGUAAGUGUUUUCACGAAGAAGAUAGAGGUCACUUUGCGAAAAAAGAGCACAAUCCAGUGGAAGUAUUUAGAAGAUACGGGUGUGCCUAAGGAUUCUUCGGCCAGUUUCCCAAAAAUUGAAACGCAGCCGCUUUCAACCGCACUAAAGUAUCCUUCGUCUUCCAAAAAGACUAUUGAUUGGUCUAAAGUGGAUCUUGAUGAUGAGCAGGAGUCUUCAGAUAAUGCUGAUGCCUUCUUUCAACAGCUCUAUGCAAAUGCGGAUCCAGACACUAAACGAGCGAUGAUGAAAUCUUUCGUUGAGAGUAAUGGAACAGCUUUGAACACAAACUGGAGCGAGGUGUCGAAGGGUAAAGUAGAAAGCUCUCCUCCAGAGGGCCUAGAGCUCAAAAAGUGGUGA